AAACUCCCUGCCAGUCUUCUGUUCCUCCUAACCUCACUCUCCAGUCGCCCCCGUACCACAGCUCGGUCUCUGCUGAAGGGCACCCAGCUCAUCGUCUUCCUCUCUCGCACCGUCCAACACCGCGCACAGCCCGGGCCUCCGCCUCACCUUUACCUGACCCUGGGACCAGCGUACUGCUGCCGGACCCCAGAGAGACACCUGCCGUAGAGCCCGGAGACAGGGACUGUACUGACAGCAGAGGCCCCUCCUCACCUCGUCCCGACGCAGUGACCCUCAGCGGCCAUGGAGGAUUCAUCUGAGCAGUCGCGCUGGGUGUCCCCGGCCGUGAUUGGACCUGAGGCCGGCUUCUCCUCGGAGGCGGGCCUGUUGCCUCCGGCCGAGGAGGAGGAGGGUCUCUACUCCGAGGCGGACUUCACCGGUCUGCCGUCCUACUUCCCCAGCCCCAGCCGCAGCCGAGCCGUCCCGAACUACAGGCACAGCCCAGUUCGCCAGGUCUACUCCUCCUCCUUCCUCAACAACAUCCCGUGGCUGGACGGCACUGGAGGCCCCGCCCUCAGCUCCCCCUACACCCCGCCUCCUUCCUCCUGGCCCAGCAGCCCUUUCGGGAAGGCACCCAUGCACCCCAGCACCUCCUCCUCCCUCUACCCACCGGUGGCCACCUCCUCCUUCACGUCCCCCAGGGACGGGGGCCCGUCCCCGGGCCUGGACGCCAAGGAGAGCCUCAGGCUCCAGGAGGCCCUGAAGGGCGAGAGGUUGAGCCCUCUGGAAGGGGCGGGGAGCAGCUUCCUGACCCUGAGCUCCGCGGCCGGGGGGGUCUACCCUCCCCACUCGCAUUCGCUGGGGCACUACAACUCCUACAUGGCCUCCCCGCAGGACUACAACGCAGCGGCCCUCUACUCCACCCCGGGGGGGUGGGCCACGCCCUCCUCCUACUCCCCAAAACUGCGUAACAAGAUGAGGCUCUCGCCACCAGAGGCACGGGAAUGCGUGAACUGUGGCGCCACGGCCACCCCUCUGUGGCGUCGGGAUGGAACGGGCCACUACCUGUGCAACGCCUGCGGGCUGUACCACAAGAUGAACGGCCAGAAUCGACCGCUCAUCCGGCCGAAGAAGAGGCUGAUUGUCAGCAAGAGGGCGGGCACGCAGUGCGCCAACUGCCACACCAGCACCACCACGCUGUGGAGACGGAAUGCCAGCGGAGAGCCCGUGUGCAACGCGUGUGGGCUCUACUUCAAACUGCACAACGUGAACAGGCCGCUCACCAUGAAGAAGGACGGCAUCCAGACGCGGAACCGCAAGGUGUCCAGCAAGAACAAGAAGGGGAAGAAGAGCGGAGCGGUGGACCUGUACGUCGACCCCUCCCGGGGGCCGAUGUCUGACCCGCACAUGGGCCCCUACUCCCUGGGCACGGCCCCCCUGCUUUCAUACGGCCACGGGCAGCAUUUACUGCCCCAGUCCCCCCCCCUCUACCCCUCUGCCACGCUGCCCUACUCCUACCACCCCACCUCUGGCAUGGUACCCACGCUGGUGUAGGACAGUGAAACGUUCCGUGUUAAUUCAGCUCUAACAGGGUGUAUAUGAGUCUAGUCUGGCCUCUCAGAGUAAACACUGAAUGUGUUACUGUGCAAGGCUAAUGCUGGCUGAUACGCGUGUACAUAUGCAAACGUGAACAUUGGCAUGAAAGCAUUUUCACACGUGCACACAGACGCACACGGUAGAGGAGAGCAAGACUGAAAAAAAAAAAAAAAAAACAUUUUUUAAAGCACCGACUCAAAUGCUUCGCUGUAAUAUUCAGGUAUAAUGUCAAUAUCACAGGUAAAACCAAAUAAGAUGUACUGGACACUAUAAAUGUAUUUUUUCAGUAAGUAAAUAAAUGCCUUUUUAUGUGGUGUGUUUUCUAUAGCCUGUAUUUUGCAACAAAACUAAAAGGUGAAGAUUGUACAUAUGCUAUGUUAAACAUUUUGUAAGCGUUUGUGAAAAUUUUGACCUGUUCUCUUCUCUGGUUUUCUGACUGCUGUGCAUUGACACUUGUUUAAAUACAUUCAAAUAAAUGCUUUUUUUAAUACAA